CUCUGUGUUCAGUGUCUACAUUUCCGGUGUUGUUGAGUAACUCUUCCGUGUUCGACUGAUGGAGGAGUAAGCGUCUGUCACAGUUUGACUUUGAAGAUGAAUGUGAGGGAAGUUUGUGUAGUUUUAUAUUUUCUGCUGUUUUCUGUCGCAUAUAUUGCGGCCAAACAGCCGAAUAUCGUGUUUGUUUUAGCGGAUGAUUUCGGCUGGAAUGAUGUUGGGUUUCACGGAUCUGAGAUUAAAACCCCGAAUCUGGACCGUUUAUCAGCUGCAGGGGUUCGACUGGAUAAUUAUUAUGUUCAGCCGCUGUGCACUCCAUCCAGAAACCAGCUGAUGACCGGCAGAUACCAGAUUCACACUGGUAUGCAGCAUCAGAUCAUCUGGCCCUGUCAGCCGUAUUGUGUUCCUCUGGACGAGAGAUUUCUGCCACAGAUCCUGCAGGACGGCGGGUAUAACACACACAUGGUGGGCAAAUGGCACCUGGGCAUGUACAGGAGAGACUGUCUGCCCACACACAGAGGCUUUCAAUCUUUCUUUGGUUAUCUGACGGGUUCAGAGGAUUAUUACAAUCAUCACAGGUGUAGUUUGAUCACUCCUCUCAAUGGGAUCCGCUGCGCUCUGGACCUGCGGGACGGGGAAGAUGUCGCCACACGUUACACGGGCCAGUACUCCACAGAACUCUUCACACAGAGAGCCACUGACAUCAUACAACAACACCAAGCUAACAAACCUCUCUUCCUGUAUGUGGCGCUGCAGGCGGUUCAUAGUCCUAUUCAGGUCCCGGAGCACUACGUCGCCCCCUACAGUUUCAUCAAAGACAAACCGCGGCGGGAGUACGCAGGGAUGGUGUCGGCGAUGGAUGAAGCGGUGGGGAACAUCAGUAGGACUCUGCAGGACACAGGACUGUGGAACAACACGCUUUUCAUCUUCUCCACAGAUAAUGGUGGUCAGAAUCUGGCAGGAGGAAGUAACUGGCCUCUACGUGGCAGGAAGUGGUCGCUAUGGGAGGGCGGGGUCAGGGGCGUGGCCUUUGUGACUGGACCAUUGAUAGAGCAGCCAGGAACUGUCACUCGAGAACUUAUCCACAUCUCUGAUUGGCUCCCGACAAUUGCUGGUCUUGCUGGUGCGUCGACUAACGGCACCAAACCUCUGGACGGGUUUAAUGUCUGGGAUGCGAUCAGUCGUGGUAAAGCGUCUCCGCGAGUUGAACUGCUGCAUAACAUUGACCCACUGUAUGACGAGAUCAUACCAUGUCCAGGUGAUAAUCUCUCAGGUGCAUUUCUGCAAGAGUCUUUUCGCUCAUCAGCGUCUCGGUGGAUUUCUCUCGGGUCUCGCUCAGAGUUUAACAUCUCCGUUCACGCUGCCAUUCGUUACAAGAACUGGAAACUUCUCACCGGUUAUCCAGGUUGUCCUCUGUGGUUUGCGCCCCCUUCUGGUGGUCCAGUGACGUCAUCGACACUCUCUGAGCCGCUGAAGCAGGUGAUGCUGUUUAACAUCGAGCAGGAUCCCGAGGAGCGUGUGGAGAUUUCCCAUCAGCACCCAGAGAUCGUCAACUUCCUGCUUAAGCGCUUACAUCAUUACCAGAGUGAAGCUGAACCAAUCACAUUUCCCCCUGAUGACCCCCGCUGUGACCCCGGACCCUCGGGAGCCUGGGGACCCUGGCAGUGAUGAAAAUGAUGAAGGACAGUAAUGUGUGUGUUUAUAGAGAGAAACGUAUUAAUGAGAGUGUACAAUAAUUUUCUUAAGGAGUAUUUUAUAUUGUAAAAAUAAUCUAGUCUCAACAUCUUUAAACAGGGAAUCCAUGGGUCUUUAAAGUCUUAAAUUCACUAUUUAAUAUUUAACCCUCCUAUGGUAUUAAAAAAUGGCACCUUCCUUUGGUAUUCGCAGACAGUGUUGGAGGUAAUGUGAUAAAAGUAACACCCGUUACGAAAUCAGAUUACUUUUUUCAAGUAACGAGAAAAUAUCUUAGUUUCUAAAAAGACUCUACAUUUUAGUUUUAUAAUAAACAAGUAGUUUCAGUGAUUCAUGAAACAAACCGUUUUUAUGACAUUUUGGUAGCAUUAAAAACGAUUCUAUGCAAGUUGUAUCAGCAUGUGCGUUUGCAGUUGUAUGCGUUGUAUGAUCAACCAGUGGUGUCUGUACGCACCGUGGAUCAACUCAAAACAAGCCUGCAGUGUUGUACAGCAGCUAGCAUGACCUGUAAUGUCUCUUGUAUGCAGUACAUGGCUAAUUAGUAUGGAAUGCAUAGCAGAGCAGAAGAGAAAGUGGCUGUGAGAAAAAAAGUAACGCAAAAGUAACGUAACGCUUUACUUUCCAUAAAAAAUUACUUUUUAAUUAACUAAGUUAAUUUAAGGAGUAACGCAAUAUUCGAGCAAGUUACUUUUAAAAGUAACGUUACCCAACACUGUUCGUGAUCAUUUUUUACUGGAAGGGUCAGAUGUGUAACCCUUUUUUAUUUUCUUUUUUUUAUGAUGAUAAUGAUACCAUCUCUUCCCUGAAGAACAGUACAAUUAUGCAUUUCUUUUGGGAUUUUAAACUAUUUUGAUCUUAUUUACUUUUACAUUUCUAAAUGUUACCAUUAAUUUGCAUAUACAAAUAAACACAUUUUUGAAAAACAAAA